UGGCUAGCAACCCACCCCAAGCUUUCUUCUCCUCCACCACCACCACCUUCCUGCCUUCCCUUCUCCUCCCCCUUCCCUCCGUCUUCCCUCUCCACCCCCGCCCCCCCCAAUCUCCUCCUCUUUUUCUCACUACCAGCGGUUGCUGAUGCUGAAGCCGAGCGUCACUUCGGCUCCCACGGCAGACAUGGCGACAUUGACAGUGGUCCAGCCGCUUACUCUGGACAGAGAUGUUGCAAGAGCAAUUGAAUUACUGGAAAAGCUACAGGAAUCUGGAGAAGUACCAGUACACAAGCUACAGUCCCUCAAAAAGGUGCUUCAGAGUGAGUUUUGUACAGCCAUCCGAGAGGUGUAUCAAUAUAUGCAUGAAACGAUAACUGUUAAUGGCUGUCCUGAGUUCCGUGCAAGGGCCACAGCAAAGGCAACAGUGGCAGCUUUUGCAGCAAGUGAAGGCCACUCCCACCCUCGGGUAGUUGAACUGCCAAAGACUGAUGAAGGCCUUGGUUUUAACGUGAUGGGAGGAAAGGAACAAAAUUCGCCAAUUUAUAUCUCUCGCAUCAUCCCUGGAGGGGUGGCUGAAAGACACGGAGGCCUCAAAAGAGGAGACCAGCUGCUGUCAGUGAAUGGAGUGAGCGUGGAAGGGGAACACCAUGAGAAAGCAGUGGAACUACUCAAAGCUGCUAAGGACAGCGUCAAGCUGGUGGUGAGAUACACCCCAAAAGUCCUAGAGGAAAUGGAGGCUCGCUUUGAAAAGCUCCGGACAGCUCGUCGUCGGCAGCAACAGCAAUUGCUCAUUCAGCAGCAACAGCAACAGCAGCAGCAACAAACACAGCAAAACCACAUGUCAUAGGUCCUUGGGGAAAAGCUACUUGAUCAAACAUGUGAUAAUCACACCUUUGAAUCCGUGCUUCAGAAUCCCCAGCACCUAGUAAAAGGAAAAGACGACGCUGAUAAUUACACCUGCCAAAAAGCUGUGUACACAUGGUGUAUGAAUUCUUUAUCAAGGCCACUUGACACUGUCUUUCUCUGGGCUUGAAUCCCCCUGGC